AAAGCUUCAUGUCGAAACCGAUUGAAAGAGAAUUAUUUUUCAAAACAGCUCUAAGCUGAUCCAGUAUCAAAUCUGACCUUAAGAUGAAAACUGCUAAUUGGACAAGUCGUUUUAUUACAUUUGUUUGUUUUGCAAUAUUUGCAUUUGCUGAUAAAAAUUGUUUAAACCCUAAUAAUCGUAAGGGUUAUUGUAUAACAUCUAAGGAAUGCCCUGUGCUCCUGGCUUUAAGAUCUAAAACAUCACCAGCAAAUGAAGAAAUCAAAUUCCUAAAUGAUUCGGCUUGUCAGGAUGGUUUUGGGGAGCCUCCGUUUGUUUGCUGCACUAUUGAUUCAACUUUUAGUAAUCCGGGGAUAAAUCAAAGAUUAUCAAAUGAUUUAUUACCUGGACUUCAAGAUUGUGGUGAUCAACCAAGUGGAAGUAAGAUCUACAGUGGAAAAGAAACAGAAAUUGACGAGUUCCCUUGGAUGGCUUUAUUAAAUUAUGGUCCAGGAAAGGAUGGUAAGCCACAAUUUUUCUGCUCGGGCAGUCUCAUCAACUCAAGAUACGUUCUCACUGCUGCUCAUUGCCUCGUUGGAAAGCCUCUUCAUAGCAUUCGUUUAGGAGAGUACGAUACCAGCAAUGAUGGUAUCGAUUGUAUCGGAACUGAUUGUGCUGAUCCAGUUCUAGAUGUUUAUGCCGAAGAUAUUAUAGUUCAUCCAAAUUACAAUGAAAAGAGUCUCCAUCGACAUAAUGAUAUUGCCUUGAUUCGAUUGAAAGAUGAUAUUCGAUUCACUUCGUUUGUUUCGCCAGUUUGUAUGCCUUGGGUCUUGAAACUCAAUCGAAGUGAAGUGGGCAAAAAUUUGGUAGCUGCUGGAUGGGGUAGAACAUUGAAAGAAAAGAGAAGUAAUAUAAAACUAAAAAUAUCUCUACCAAUAAAUGGGCCAGUUGAAUGUCAAGAUGCAUACAAAAGAACUAAAGCCUACGUGUUGGAUUCACAACUUUGUGCUGGAGGUACAUUUAUUGAGGAUACCUGUGAUGGAGAUUCUGGGGGGCCAUUGAUGGUUUUCAAGCAUAAAUGGGCGAUUGAGGGUAUAGUUUCUUAUUCACGUGGAUGUGGAUUAGAAAAUUUACCUGGAGUCUAUACUCGUGUAGCUGAGUUUGAAAAUUGGAUAGUUUCAAAUUUGAAGGAAUAAGAAUAUGUAUUCCAUGUUUUUAUUUUGAUUUUUUAAAUAAAUACAUUUAUGUACAUAGACGAGUAUGAAAUGUAAAAGUAAAUUUAAA